AGCCGGAGCCCCAAGCGCGCGCGAAUGUUGAGGGAAAUAGGAUUCUAUCCUAUGAUUUGCAAAAGGAGACUUGCGUAACGGUUCCCCCACAAAACCAAACACACACUCGUCGUCUGAUUUCUUCUCCUCUCCCUCCUCUCUUUUAUACAUUUGUGCCCUCCCUCUUUCUCUCUCUCCGCCCCUCCUCUCCAAGCGAAUCGGAUAACACCAAACCAUCUUUUAUUUCUCUCUCCUUGUUGAAAAACCAGUGGCGUUUCUUUUUUCCCCUCAAUCUUUAAUUUAUUGCUGGGGGAUCAAACUCACUAUUUCACUGCGAAUCGUCCUCAGGUAUAGCUUGGAGUUAUUGGGUACACUCGGGCUUUGAGUAUGCUCCAGUAAACAUAGGGAAGGAAGUUAUUCUUUGACUGUGAUCAUGACCACUUGUUAGGUAUUAAUAUUAUGAUCUGCUGUGGAUAAUCUUCAUAAUUUGUGCUAAUGGCGGCUGAUAAGAGGAAGAAACGAUUAAGCAAUGCCAGCAUUGCUAGUUCUCGGGAGCAGGGCAGAGCAAAAAAGAAUAAAUUGGAAUUGCUACAAUGUGAUUUGAGCGUGAGAUCCAAUAUUUCUCUUGAGUGGGACGACAAGAAGAAGAGUGUUGUUGCCAAGAGGGAACAGAUUGGCUUAACACGGAGAGACUUGAUUCCAUUCAUUGGUAAUGUUCCUCAUUGCCACAAUAUCUUGGCAGAUGUUCUUGUUGUUCCUCAUGAAAUUUUUGAGUUGGACAAUUUGAAAGGGGUGCUCUCUUAUGAGGUUUGGCAGACUCAUUUAUCCGAAAAUGAGAGACACUAUCUUACACAGUUUCUUCCCAAGGGAGCUGAGACACAUCAAGUUGUCCAAGAAUUGCUUUCAGAGGAUAACUUUCACUUUGGAAAUCCUUUCCUCAAAUGGGGUGCUUCACUUUGUUAUGGUAAUCGUCAUCCUGAUGUUGUUCUUCAUCAGGAACAAUGCUUCAAGGCAAGUAAGAAGGUAUACUAUUCAGAGUUGCAGAAGUAUCAUAAUGGCAUGAUUGGUAAUUUACUGACGUGGAAGGAAAAAUUGGCUAGCUGUAAGAAUCCUGAGAAGGAAAUUGUUCACAAGAUAUGGAGUUUACAUUCUAUGAACAGGUCAAGAAAGCAAGCUGAGAGAAGUAUCCCUGUUGAUGCAAAUGAAUCUAGAUUUCAUGAUGCUCAGGAGGACCUUCCAGCCACAUCUGAAUCUGAUUCUUGGGAUGCUGAUGAGAAAGCAGGUAGUAGUGAUAACCAGAACUUAGUGAGGAAGCACGGAGAACUGCAAAAACGAAAAGGCUUCAUGGAGGACAAAUAUGACAAUUUACCAGCUGCACUCAAGGUGAUGGCAAGACCUACAAAAGGAGAAAAGCUGCACAAGAGAAAUAUCCAGUGUAGUGAUGGUUCCAAGUAUAUGUCUUAUAUCAAGGUUAGCAGGAAGCAGCAUCAACGUGUUAAGAGUAGCAUGAAGCAUUCUAGUAAUAGUAUUCAAUCUAGAUCUCUUAAUCAUGUUUUGGGUAACCUCUAUACUUUUCACGUCCAACCUUUUGAAGUAUUUGAGGAAGAGGAGCAAAUGAAGUUGCAUAAGCACUGGUUGCAGUUGGCAACCAGAGAUAUUCCUGUAGCAUUUGCAAACUGGAGAAGGUGGCAACGACAGAAAUGGCAAUUGGCACAAUCUUUAGAGCAAGAAAUGGAAGAAAAACUAAACUCUAUUCAGGAGGAUAAGGAGAAAGAGAAUGCUCAUAGCGUGCUUCCUGGCCUGAUGUAUAAUGGAGCAGCAGACCAUGAAGCCCAAAUAGUGGAGGUUGAAGAGAGAGAGAAUUCGGAUAGCUUGCUUCGGGAGCAGAUAGAUGGAGCAGAAAAUCAUAAACCUGCCAUUGCAUUAGAGGAUGAAGAGAAAGAGAACCCUGAUAGCUUGGUUCAGGAGAUGAUGGAUGAUGAGGCAGCAAAACACGAACCCACUAUAGAAGAUGAUGUCUCCACACAGAAUCAGCAUCUGCAGCAAAUUCCUACACUCAGUGGCAGUCACAAUUUCUGCUCAAUGGAUUUGGAUUCUGAUAACCGCGUAAUUAUAGACGGAGAUGAUAUUCAUCCUAAUAAUGUAGCAUACUCAGAAAACUCGAAGAGUGUAGACAUUGCUGUUAGUCAGGGGGAUCCUCUCUCUUCUACCAGUGAUGUUUGGCCACCAGUUAGCAUGCCAGAUUCUUAUUAUCGGUCUACGUUAAACCAUGAAUAUGCUUCUGCCAGUGAGUUGUCACUUGGGCAUUCACGAGUUUUUGAACAGCAACAGGUCCGACUGAUUGAUCUGGAAUCUGACAAUUGUGAAGAAGACACAAGGAAAGAUCUGUUGCACAGACAAUCUAAUGAUGGGUCUUUCUUCAAUCCAUACGCUGACCAAGAAGUCCAAGGCCAAAAUGAGGUACUACAACAUUUCUACAAAGGUCAGGGGGGUUUACCUUAUCAUCACGAGCAGAAGCAGACACGGUUAGAUUUACAGCCAGCAUCAAAUGUUUCAAUGGAAAUGGGUCAGUUUUCUGGACUUUUCAGGGAGCAUCUGCAUCCGUCACUGCCCUUAGAACUGAGGCAGAAGAGCUCGAAUGAUAUGUAUAUGCAUCAAAACAUUCAGGGGAAGAUGUUCACUGAUGGAAGUAGGUACACUAUUCCACGGCAAGAACACUUCUCAAAUGCCAAUACCAAUGUUCAGGAUUGGGCUAUCAAUACUAAUACCACCCACAUGUCAGCACCUUUCCAGUCUCAUUUGGAUGGUGGAGAGUUGGGUCGGAAUUGGUUUUCAGGGGAGCAUCAAGUCCGUGGUGACUGGUCCACUUUGGACACUAGUGCUGUUGGCCCAACCCAGACCAUAAUAAAUAGAAGCAGUAAUCCAGAUCAGAGCUUAUUUGGCGUUGUGUCUCAAUGUAAUCAGGUGCGUUCUGGUGCCCCUUAUGACUCAAUGGGCUCCACUGAACAACGGUUCAUUCAGUCAGGGACCUAUGGUAGAGUGGGUGCAGUCGUCCCCACAGCAAGCAAUAUGUUGCCACCGACAGCUCAUCCACUUGACUACUUGAGUGGGCAUGAAGCUGCUGCCCCUGUAAAGAACAACAAUAUAGGAUGGAUGAGCAGCGUGCCACAUCAGAAUUCUGCUUUACAGGACUCAAUAGGAAAACCAUUCUUGAGGCCGUCCUGGAACAAAUGAGGACUUCUUUGGUCCCUUUGUUUGAGCAGGUGGAUUUCCAGUUUAGAGCUUGGUUGGGAGUUAGGAUGCACACAGAUGCUGAACACAAGAUGGGUGUGACGGGAGUUUUUGGGCUCUAAUUAUUUUUAGGACUAAGGGUCAAUCAGGGUUUUCUUAGUAGCUGAUGGAAUUUUGUACAUACAUAUAGGAGAGCCAAUCCAACACCGUAUAUAUAUCUAGGUUUUAUAGACGGGGAGGAGGUGAGUUGUGAGGAUAGUGGAAAGAAUCAAGGGAUUUCUGGUAUCAAGGGGUGAGUCAGUCAUAAAUGUAGUUCCUUUUUCUUUGGGAUUUUUUAGUUUAUUGAACUAAUAAAGGUUGCCAUUUUUUUAGCUUAUUGGUUUUCUGUUUUGCUUUCUUUGUUUAUAUAUAUUCAUUGCUGUCAUCCGGAUAUAUGGCAAGAUGUAUAUACAUAUAUAAUAACUUGGAAACGUUUAGCCUA